GCGGACAGCUCGCCCCGCCCACCGCCCUUGCGGCGCGGCUAGGAAAACCCCGUAGCGGCCGGAAGGAGGCCCUCUCUCCAGGAUCCGCCAUUAGCAGGAGGUGGGUCCGCCGUCGCCAUGCAGAUCUUCGUGAAGACGCUGACGGGGAAGACCAUCACCCUCGAGGUCGAACCGUCUGAUACUAUUGAAAAUGUCAAGGCCAAGAUUCAGGACAAGGAAGGUAUUCCUCCUGAUCAGCAGAGGUUGAUCUUCGCUGGCAAGCAGCUUGAAGAUGGCCGCACACUCUCAGAUUAUAACAUUCAGAAGGAGUCCACACUUCACCUGGUGCUGAGGCUCCGUGGUGGUGCUAAGAAGAGGAAGAAGAAGUCUUACACCACCCCCAAGAAGAACAAGCAUAAGAGGAAGAAGGUCAAGCUUGCUGUGCUCAAGUACUACAAGGUUGAUGAGAAUGGCAAAAUCCACCGCCUGAGGCGUGAAUGUCCAUCUGAUGAGUGCGGUGCUGGAGUCUUCAUGGCCAGUCACUUCGACAGGCACUACUGUGGAAAGUGUUGUCUGACUUAUUGCUUCAACAAGCCUGAAGACAAAUAAAAUGUACAUGUGUUAAUAAAACCAGUUGACAGACA